AUGAUAACUCCAUAUAAAACAAUAUUGUUGAUUAUAUUUGUAAUCGACAAAUUCAUCAUAGCAAGAUGUUUAUCAUCAACGACUAUUAUCAUCGAUGUUGACAAAGGUAUUGCUCUUCACAAAAUUGGUGUAUAUGCUGAAAAAUAUCAAGAAUCAAUUUUUCACAUAUUUAUACCAUAUAACAAUUUAUGUAUCGAUUCGCCAACCUCUGAUGUUUGUGAAUAUAUUCAAUCGGCAAGUCCUGAUAUUGUUGAAGUUGGAACAAUUUUACCGCAUGUUAAUACACUAUCAACAUCAUAUAAUAGAGAAAAUAUUUCUCAUAUUAUUCAAGAAGAUAUUCGACGAAUUUUUUUAUAUCAUAAAGUCGAUAAGUUUAUUGGAAAAUCGAAAUCAAUUAUCUAUUUCAUUGAUAAUCAUUUUUAUGUAACACGUAGUACGACUAAAUCCAUAACGGCACCUACUUUUCCUAUUAAUAUUACUCAAUUAGCACUUAUACCUCGUGCAAUUAAUCCAGCAACGCUAGUUGUUGAACAAGUAUUCAACAAUAAAGUUGGUUAUGAUUUUUUAACUGAUGAACAAAUCAAAGAUAUUUUAGCAUUAAUUGUUUCAACGAACAAUGAAACACUUGACAUCAAAAAUAUCAAAGAAAACUUAAAUAUGUUAACUGAUAUGAUUGUUGGACAAACUGUAUACGCGUUGAAAUCUUGUUCGAUGCAAAAAAAUGAACAUUUACGAUCCGGUCCUGCAUGUCUUGCCGUAUCAACAAUUAUUCGACGACUGCCGGUAGAAAGUUCAUCUAUUUAUCAAUGUGAUACUAUUCGUCAUAAAAAUCAUCAAAACCAAACUUCAUAA